CCAAAAUUCCAAGUCCACACACCCUAUAGUGUCUCUGAUUAUUCACAGGCCAAACAAAGUGUGAACUAGAUUUUCAUCACAAUGGCCUCCACCCAAUGUUUCUUGCACCACCAUGCUCUCACCACUCCUACUAGAACCUCACCACAGCGCCAAGCGGUGACCACCAAGCCAAACCUCAUUGUUUGCAAGGCUCAGAAGCAAGAGGGUGAUGCCACCACCCUUGUCUCCCGCAGAUUGGCCCUCACUGUGCUCAUUGGUGCUGCUGCUGUUGGCUCCAAGGUCUCACCUGCUGAUGCAGCUUAUGGGGAAGCUGCCAAUGUGUUUGGAAAGCCAAAGACAAACACAGACUUCCUGCCAUACAAUGGGGAAGGAUUCAAACUGUCAAUUCCCUCAAAGUGGAACCCGAGCAAAGAGGUUGAAUACCCAGGUCAGGUUCUUAGAUAUGAGGAUAAUUUUGAUUCUACCAGCAAUGUUUCUGUCAUGGUCACUGCAACUGAUAAAAAGUCCAUUACUGACUAUGGUUCACCUGAGGAGUUCCUAUCUAAGGUGGAUUAUUUGCUUGGAAAACAAGCCUUCUUUGGCCAAACUGAUGCUGAGGGUGGUUUUGAUGCCAAUGCUGUAGCAACAGCAAACAUCUUGGAGAGUUCAACACCUGUCAUUGAUGGGAAACAGUACUACAAUUUAUCUGUGUUGACAAGGACAGCAGAUGGAGAUGAAGGUGGCAAGCACCAACUAAUUACAGCCACUGUGAAAGAUGGAAAACUAUACAUUUGCAAGGCUCAAGCUGGAGACAAGAGGUGGUUUAAGGGAGCAAGAAAAUUUGUGGAGAGCACUGCAAGUUCUUUCAGUGUUGCCUAAGAACUUGGUGGAGGGUUAUUCUGCAUGUAAAUCAUCUUGAAGGGGUGUGUAUGUCUUGAAUUUAAGUGGCCCCUUUUUUCCCACAAGUUUAAGUACUUGAGGCAGUUGGUUGGAGUAAGCACUUUGAUUCUUAAUUUUUCAUGGCUUUUAAGGACUUCGCCCCUUUACACUCUUUGAUCAAUUAAGCAUUUUAAGUUGCUAUAA